AUGUUGGGCAGUAUUCUUCCAUUCAACGAGGAGACGGCGGACCGCGUCAGCGCCUACUGUGAGAAGAACUCUCAUGGGAUCCCUGACGCCCUGGUUGAGCAUUGGGAGUGGACUCGCACUCGCUUCCCCGAUGCCGACAAGAUGUCUAGUCGUCUUCAGGGCUCCUGGAUGAUCUUCACUGCUCGUGACCGCAAGCCCAAGAGAAUCCUCGAGAUUGGUUGCUACUCUGGCUACAGUGCCUUGGCCUGGUACGAAGGUACCCGUGACACCAAGGCCGAGAUUGUCACGCUUGAAUACAGCCCCAAAAUGAUUGCCGCCUCUCGCGAGGCCUUCAAGAAGUACGGGGUCGGUGACCGCGUGAAGCUGAUUGAGGGUCCCGCCGAGAACACUCUCAAGACCCUGGAGGGCGAGUUUGACCUCAUUUUUGUCGAUGCCAACAAGGACGGCUAUGCUGGAUAUGUCAAGACGAUCCUGGACCAGGGUCUGCUCUCUGCCAACGGCAUCAUUCUCUGCGACAACUCUUUGCCCGUGGCCUCACCAUCGGCCCCGACUGCGCACCUUGGCUCAACGACCACGUCCGCCCUUACUGGAAUGGCUGCGGACAGGCAUUGGACAAGUUCAGCGCCGGUCUCAUGGAGGACCCCCGCAUCGAUGUCUUGCUUCUCCCUGUCUUCGAUGGUGUUACUCAGAUUCGGUGGAAGGACGGGGCUCAGCGGGCUUGAUGCCGCCACCUAUUGGGGCCAUAAAACAUCACGGUUGCUCGGUUCAUGUUGA